GAUGGUGGAAGAGGGUGGUGUUACCGUUUGUGUGAGAGUGCGGCCGCUUAUUGCAAGAGAAAAUGAAGACCUUGAUGAAAAGGGACAGGUUUCAUGGAAAAGCGAAGACUGUACUGUAUCACAAAUAGAUGGGACCAAGUCAUUUGUCUUUGAUCGUGUGUUCCACUCUGAGAACAGUACAAAGGAAGUCUACCAAGGUGUGGCUGCUCCUAUUAUCAAGUCAGCUGUUCAGGGAUAUAAUGGGACUAUUUUUGCUUAUGGCCAGACAGCGUCAGGGAAAACCUACACAAUGUUGGGUACCCAAGAUAGUCCAGGUAUCUUACCCAUGGCAAUUAAUGAUGUCUUCAAUACUAUCUGCAGAAUUCCAAAUAGGGAAUUCCUACUCCGUAUAUCAUACAUGGAAAUUCAUAAUGAAACUAUACAAGAUUUGCUAUGCAGUAACAUUAGGAAAAAGAAGCCAUUAGUUGUUCGUGAAGACAUCAAUAGGACAAUCUAUGUUGAAGAUCUGAGUGAGGAAGUAGUGGUUUCUCCAGAGCAGGUUAUGAGCUGGCUGGAAAAAGGAGAAAAAAACAGGCACUAUGGUGAGACAAAAAUGAAUGAGAGAAGCAGCCGUUCUCAUACAAUUUUUAGAAUGAUCAUUGAAAGCAAAGAAAAGGAUACUUCUAGCUCAAGCUAUGAGGAAGCUGUAAUGGUUUCUCAUUUGAAUUUAGUAGAUCUGGCAGGAAGUGAAAGAGCUAGCCAAACAGGGGCUGAAGGGAUUCGACUUAAAGAAGGGUGUAAUAUUAACCGGAGCCUCUUCAUCUUGGGCCAAGUUAUCAAGAAACUUUGUGAUGAUCAGUUUGGAGGCUUUAUCAACUACAGAGACAGCAAACUAACAAGAAUUCUUCAGAACUCCCUGGGUGGAAAUGCUAAGACUGUUAUCAUAUGUACAAUUACUCCAGUAUCAUUGGAAGAAACUCUUAGCACUCUCCAGUUUGCUAGUACAGCUAAAAAGAUGAAGAAUACUCCCAAAGUCAAUGAAGUUCUUGAUGAUGAUGCCCUUCUAAAGAGGUACCGUAAGGAAAUAGAAGAUUUGAAACGCCGACUGGAAGAAGUUUCAUCGCAUUCUCAUACCAAAAAUCAGUUAGCGCAACUCUUGGAAGAGAAGAAUUCUGUUCAGAAACAGCAGCAAGACAGGAUAAGAGCACUCACAGAAAUGCUAGUGACUGCAUCCUCUUUUUUGCAAGAACGGGAGCUAAAAGCUAAAAAGAAGAGGCGUGUGACCUGGGCCCCUGGGGCAGUAAGCCAAGAUGGGGGAAAGUCUUUCUUGGAAGACUUUCCUGGUAGAGCUAAACGCUUUAAAGCUUCUUUAUCUUCUCUCACAGAGAUGGAAGAAUCUGUCUCCUCGGAAUUCUCAGAAUAUGAUGAUCAGUUCAUGACAGCCAGUGUUGUAAUACCUGAGGAAGAAUGGAUCCCAGGAUCUGAAAUAAACUUUAGUCCUAAAGACUUUGCCGAGUCAAUUCAGCUUUGCCAAAGCCUUUUAGAAGAAAGGGAUAAUGCUGUCACUGAACAGCAAACUAUAAAAGCAAAACUGGAUACUCUGUGCUUCGAGAAAGAACAGCUGGUCUAUGAACUCACAGAGCUGCGUGAGAAAAUGUCAACCAGUGAGUUUGUGGCCCUUGAGAAAGAGGCCUCUGAAGAGCAGGAGAUGCAACUAAUGCAUGAAAUUUCCAACUUAAAGGCUAUAAUUUCACAUGCAGAAAUAUACAAUCAAGACCUUCAGCAAGAAAUAAAGUCAAAAGACAUGCAGUGCAAGGAACAAGAGGAAAGAAUCAAAGCAUUGGAAGAACACACUGAGAAGCUUAAAAACCUUGUAGAAGAGUUAGAAAGGGAGAAAAGAGAUGUGCCCAUUUUAGUACAAACUCCAAGCAAAAACUUGGAUGAAACGCAGCAGUUAAAGCAGUCUCUCAGAGAUGCUGAAGCAGUUGCCCUGGAUGCCAAGAAAGAAUCUGCAUUCCUCCGAAGUGAAAAUCUAGCACUAAAAGAAAAAAUGAACCAGCUCUCAGAUACUUACACUCAAAUGGAAAAAGAUCUUGGAUGCUACAAGAGCCAGUUAGAAGCUGGAAAAGUCACCUAUAAAAAAAUGCAAUCUGAUCUGCAGAAAGAACUGCAAUACUACGUGCAAGAAAACGCAAAGCUGGAAUCACUUGUGAAGGUUAACGAUUCAAAAG